AUGAACACAGCACCAGUGGAACUCCAAUUCAUAGAUGGCCCCACCCCAGCAGACACCCCGCUCACCUUCUCAGCGCAAUCAUCGAUGAACGCUCUGCGGGCCGUCGACCCCCAAGAUGGUGUCAAUGUUCAAGAACUUCCCGCCGCCGACGGCGGUGUGCGCGCGUGGACAUUCUGCGCAGCAGGGUUUGUUCUUGAGAUGAUGGUAUGGGGUUUUGGAUUCAGUUAUGGUAUCUUCCAGGAGUACUACACCUCGCAUCCUCCGUUUGAGUCGGCAUCCAGCGUCUCCGUCACCGCUGUCGGAACUAUCUCCUUGGCCAUCCAAUACGGAGAAACAGUUGCUCUAUCCUUGAUAUUCUCAAGGUACCCAGACUACCUCAAGCAUUCGAUGUGGUUCGGACUGGCUCUCUACUUUGCAUCGCUCUUCGCAUCAAGUUUUGCGACACAAGUCUGGCAGCUGAUUGCACUACAAGGCGUUGGGGUCGGAGUCGGCGGCGGGCUGCUUUACAUGCCGGUGAUCAGGCUGCUCCCAGAGUGGUUCUCCGAACGCCGAGGACUCGCGGGAGGCAUCAUUUUCGCAGGAACUGGUGUUGGAGGUUUUGUCUUCCCUUUCGUGCUCAAUACCCUCCUAAACAAGGUCGGCCUCCGCUGGACCCUCCGAGUGUGGGCUAUCGGAACCUCCCUCUUCUCCGGUAUCGCCCUCUUUGGCAUGCGCAGUCGCUUCCCCGUGCCCAAGUUCACUGCCGGCCAACGACGUCCCAAGUUCCUCCCGCCACAAGUCGAUUUCAUCAAGUCUCCUCUCUUUUGGUCAUUUAUCUUCACAACCGUCAUGCAGGGGCUCUCUUACUUUCCAGUCUCGCUCUACAUUGCCACCUUCACGAAGAGCAUCUCCGACCAGAUCACCGCAACCGCGGUACUCGCACUUUUCAACUCUUCUGCUGUCGUCGGUCAAGUCAUUCUCGGCCACCUCAGUGACCGCUGGGCAUACCCGUCCAUCAUGGUGGUCAGCGGCCUCGGCAGCGCGCUGGGCGCUUUCUUCCUUUGGGGCUUCGCAAGCUCGUCCAUCGCCCUUUACUUCUUCGCCACCGUCUUCGGCGCUCUCAGCGGCGGCGUCUCUGCGACGUGGACGAACGCUGCGUCGGAGUGCGUGCGCGGCAAGCCCGAGUUCGCGGGCAUGGCGUUCUCAGGAUUCGCCUUCUUCAAGGGCAUCUCGGCGGUCGUCGGCCCCAUCAUCGCUGGCCUGCUGCUCGAGGCAGGCCGUGGGGCGUCGAUGGGGCACGGAUUCGGGCGGUUCGGGUACGGCGCGGUCGAGCUCUUCGUGGGUUCGUGCGCUCUCGUGUCGAGCUUCGGGGGUGUUGCCGUCGCGCUGUCGCGACAGCGGGUCUUGUCAUGA